GAUUGGUCGCGCGUGGUGACGAUAGCGGGCGCUGAUUGGUCACUCUGGCUCGGGCGGGCGGGGAAAGUGUAGUUUUGAAAGGAGCCCGCGUAACCGACCGUCGUCUUCGGCGGGUUGUGCGGUCGCUUUACCUCAGUCGCUCGAUUGUCGAGUCUCUUCAGUAGCUUUGGCUGCCUCUCCUCACAGCCCCCGGCAUGGAGGAUCUGUCGCCGCUGCAGCCUGUAAAUGAAAAUCUACAAAUUAAUAAAAUAAAGAAAAAUGAGGACGCAAAGAAAAGAUUGUCUGUUGAGAGAAUCUAUCAAAAAAAAACCCAGUUGGAGCAUAUUUUGCUCCGCCCUGAUACCUAUAUUGGCUCCGUGGAAGUUGUGACCCAGCAAAUGUGGGUUUAUGAUGAAGAAGCUGGGCUUAACUACAGAGAUGUAACUUUUGUUCCUGGAUUAUACAAAAUUUUUGAUGAAAUUUUAGUAAAUGCUGCAGACAACAAACAAAGGGACCCGAAAAUGAAUUGUAUUAAAGUCACAAUAGAUCCGGAAAACAAUACAAUUAGUAUCUGGAAUAAUGGGAAAGGUAUUCCUGUUGUAGAACAUAAGGUUGAGAAGGUCUAUGUGCCAGCUCUUAUCUUUGGACAGCUCUUGACUUCCAGCAACUACGAUGAUGAUGAGAAGAAGGUCACGGGUGGUCGAAAUGGAUAUGGAGCCAAAUUAUGCAAUAUAUUCAGUACCAAAUUUACAGUGGAAACUGCCUGUAAAGAAUAUAAAAAACUGUUCAAGCAGACCUGGAUGGAUAAUAUGGGAAAAGCAGGUGAAAUGACUCUCAAGCCCUUUAGUGGAGAAGACUAUACAUGUAUCACCUUCCAACCUGAUCUGUCUAAAUUUAAAAUGACAAAUCUAGACAAGGAUAUUGUUGCCUUGAUGUCUAGAAGAGCCUAUGAUAUUGCUGGUUCCACCAAAGAUGUCAAAGUCUUUCUCAACGGAAAUAGGCUGCCUGUAAAAGGAUUCCGUAGCUAUGUGGAUUUGUAUGUGAAAGACAAAUUGGAUGAAACUGGCAACCCACUGAAAAUCAUCCAUGAAGAAGUAAACAACAGGUGGGAAGUAUGUUUAACUAUGAGUGAAAAAGGCUUCCAGCAAAUUAGCUUUGUCAACAGCAUUGCCACUUCCAAGGGUGGCAGACAUGUUGAUUAUGUAGCUGAUCAAAUUAUAAGUAGACUUAUCGAUGUUGUGAAGAAAAAGAACAAAGGAGGUGUUGCAGUGAAAGCACAUCAGGUGAAAAACCACAUGUGGAUUUUUGUGAAUGCCUUAAUUGAAAACCCGACCUUUGACUCCCAGACUAAGGAAAAUAUGACUCUGCAAGCCAAGAGCUUUGGUUCAAAAUGUGAAUUGAGUGAAAAAUUCAUCAAAGCUGCAAUUGGCUGUGGAAUUGUAGAAAGCAUACUAAACUGGGUGAAGUUUAAGGCCCAAGUCCAGUUGAAUAAAAAGUGUUCAGCUGUUAAACACAAUAGAAUUAAAGGAAUUCCUAAACUUGAUGAUGCUAAUGAUGCAGGCAGUAAGAACUCUACAGAUUGUACACUUAUCUUGACCGAGGGAGACUCAGCCAAAACUUUAGCUGUUUCUGGCCUUGGUGUGGUUGGGAGAGACAAGUAUGGCGUUUUCCCCCUUCGAGGAAAAAUACUCAAUGUACGAGAAGCCUCGCAUAAACAAAUCAUGGAAAAUGCUGAAAUUAACAAUAUCAUUAAGAUUGUGGGUCUUCAAUACAAGAAAAACUAUGAAGAUGCAGAUUCAUUGAAGAGUCUCCGUUACGGAAAAAUCAUGAUUAUGACAGAUCAGGAUCAAGAUGGUUCUCACAUCAAAGGCUUGUUGAUUAAUUUCAUCCAUCACAAUUGGCCCUCUCUUCUGAAACACUGUUUUCUGGAGGAAUUUAUCACUCCUAUUGUAAAGGUUUCAAGAAAUAAGCAGGAAUUAUCAUUUUAUAGCCUUCCUGAAUUUGAAGAAUGGAAAAGUUCUACCGAAAAUCAUAAAAAAUGGAAAGUCAAGUAUUACAAAGGUUUGGGCACCAGUACAUCGAAAGAGGCUAAAGAAUACUUUUCAGAUAUGUCCAGACAUCGAAUCCAAUUCAAAUAUGCUGGCCCUGAAGAUGAUGCUGCGAUCAGCCUGGCCUUUAGCAAAAAACAGAUUGAUGAUCGAAAAGAAUGGCUAACUCAUUUCAUGGAAGAUAGAAGACAGAGGAAGUUACUUGGCCUCCCUGAGGAUUACUUAUAUGGGAAAGCUACUAAGCACCUAACGUAUAAUGACUUCAUCAAUAAAGAACUAAUCUUAUUCUCAAACUCUGAUAAUGAGAGGUCCAUCCCAUCAAUGGUAGAUGGUUUGAAACCAGGUCAGAGAAAAGUCCUGUUCACAUGUUUCAAAAGAAAUGACAAGCGAGAAGUGAAGGUUGCCCAAUUAGCUGGUUCAGUAGCUGAGAUGUCCUCUUAUCAUCAUGGUGAAAUGUCAUUAAUGAUGACCAUUAUUAAUUUGGCUCAAAAUUUUGUGGGCAGCAACAAUCUCAACCUCUUGCAGCCCAUUGGUCAGUUUGGUACCAGGCUGCAUGGUGGCAAGGACUCUGCUAGCCCUAGAUACAUCUUCACAAUGCUCAGCCCAUUGGCUCGGUUGCUUUUCCCAGCAAAGGAUGAUCAGACUUUGAAGUUCUUAUAUGAUGACAACCAACGUGUAGAGCCAGAAUGGUACAUUCCCAUUAUUCCCAUGGUAUUGAUAAAUGGUGCAGAAGGGAUUGGAACUGGGUGGUCCUGUAAGAUCCCCAACUUUGAUGUCCGAGAAGUUGUGAAUAAUAUCAGACGUCUGAUGGAUGGAGAAGAACCUUUACCAAUGCUACCUAGCUACAAAAAUUUCAAGGGUACAAUUGAUGAGCUGGCUCCAAAUCAAUAUAUUAUCAGUGGUGAAGUUUCUAUUCUAAAUUCAACAACCAUUGAAAUCUCUGAGCUUCCAGUCAGAACUUGGACCCAGGUAUAUAAAGAACAGGUUCUGGAGCCCAUGUUGAACGGCACUGACAAGACACCCCCUCUCAUAACAGACUACAGGGAGUACCACACUGACACCACAGUGAAGUUCAUAGUGAAGAUGACCGAAGAAAAACUGGCCCAAGCAGAGCAUGCAGGACUGCACAAAGUCUUCAAACUUCAGACUAAUCUAACAUGUAAUUCCAUGGUGCUUUUUGAUCAUGUUGGCUGUCUAAAGAAGUAUGAUACUGCACUGGAUAUCCUAAAAGACUUCUUUGAUCUGAGGCUUAAAUAUUAUGGACUGAGAAAAGAAUGGCUUACUGGAAUGCUUGGUGCAGAAUCCGCCAAAUUGAACAACCAGGCUCGGUUCAUCCUAGAGAAGAUAGAGGGGAAAAUAGUCAUUGAAAAUAAGCCUAAGAAAGAGUUAAUUAAGGUUCUGAUCCAGAGGGGAUAUGAUUCAGAUCCUGUCAAGGCCUGGAAGGAAGCUCAGCAAAAGAGUCCUGGAGACAAUGAAGAGGAAAAUGAAGAAAGUGAAAAUGAAAAAGAAACUGAAAAAAGUGAUUCUGUCACUGAUUCUGGACCAACUUUCAAUUAUCUUCUUGAUAUGCCCCUCUGGUAUUUGACCAAAGAGAAGAAAGAUGAACUCUGCAGACAGAGAACUGAAAAAGAACAGGAAUUGGAGACCUUAAAACGAAAAAGUCCUUCAGAUUUGUGGAGAGAAGACCUGGCUGCUUUUAUUGAAGAACUUGAGGUUGUUGAAGCCAAGGAAAAACGGGAUGAACAAGUGGGUGUUGUUGGUAAAGGUAAAGCUGGUGCAAAACCAAAGGCAAAGAAAGGUCAACUGGCAGAAACUUUGCCUUCUCCUUGUGGCAGACGAGUCGUCCCUCGAGUGACCGUAGAAAUGAAAGCAGAAGCAGAAAAGAAAAUCAGAAAGAAAAUUAAGACUGAAAGUAUCGAAGAAAAUUCUCAAGAUGACAGUAUAGAACCAGAAACUCUGAAACAAAGACUGAACAAAAAGCUUAAGGCAGAACCAGGUACCAAACAAAAGAAGCAGACCAAAUUGCCAUUCAAACCAAUCAAAAAAGAAAAUAAGAAAAAUCCUUGGUCCGAUUCAGAAUCUGACAUGAGUUGUAACGAAAGUGACUUUUAUGUCCCCCCUAGAGAAACUAAAUUACGCAGGACAGCAGCAGCAAAUACCAAAUACACAGUUGAUUUAGAUUCAGACAGCGACAUUUCAGAUUCUAAAGAGGAAUUUCAAGAUGAAGAUGAGGAUUUUAUCCCAUCAGAUGGAAGUUCAUCUCAGGUUAAAAGGGCACCAAAAGCAACUAAAGGACAAGCUACUAGCAAAGAAGAGGAGCCACAGAAAAGUUCUUCAUCAAAUGAAGUUGAGGACCUGGAACCUGAGGAUACAAAAGAUAUGGCUCUGGCUUCUUCAAGUUCUUCUGCUUUCGAUUUUCCAGCUGAACUUGAGAUUACAGAUCCAGCCCCCAAAAAAAGCACCGCAGGGAAAAAGACUGCAGCAAAGAGUCAGUCUUCUACUUCUACUGCCGUAACAAAGAAAAGGGCAGCACCGAAAACAAGCAAAAAGGCCCUUGCCUCCAAAGUGUCUCCAGACUCUGUCUCUGAAGCCUCUGAAAAGAUUGUGCCAGCCAAAAGCAGGAAACCUCGCAAAAGGAAGCCUUCUAACUCUGAUGACUCUGAUUCAGAUUUUGGAAAAAGCCUAUCAACAGCCAAAUCAGGGAAGAAAUCCAAGAAGGUGGACGAUGACUUCCAGAUAGACUCAAAUUCAAGCCCAGCUCCUGUGGCACCACGGGCAAGACCUGGCCGAGCAAAGAAGCCUAUUAAAUACCUGGAAGAAUCAGAUGAAGAUGAUAUGUUUUAAAAUGUGGAAUUAUUUUUAAUCUUAAUGAUAUCAAAACUGUUUUUGAAGUCAUUUCUCUCUGAAACCCUUUAGUUUCUUUCUCUGAGAAGAAGUCUAGCUCUCGGAGUAUUUUCGAUCAAAAGCUACAGAAAUAUUUUGUUACAUUAGAAUUUUUAGCAGUGGUAAAGCUCGAGUACACGGUCACCGACAUUUCUUUCAUCACCACCUCUGUGUUUUGAGUCCUCAUGUUUAUUUUCUCUUUUUAAAUCUGAUUAUGAACCUUGGAUGUAAAUUCUCUCUCUUGGUCUGUUAGUUUGUUGAGUGUUUAGGUCAGCUAAAAAGUACCAGUCAUGUAGAUUAAUAAGUUCGCCUAUCACUGACCUAUACAAUGUGAGAGAGAGAGCGGUGCUUUGGCUUCCAAAGUAUAGAUUUAGUGAGACUGGAAUAAUCUCUUCAUACAGUGUUAUCUUGUUAGUUUUAAGAGGUGAGCAAUGUUUUACCAAAUAACCCUUUGAUUUUACAGAUCUUCUAGCUAAAAUAUUCCCCUUCCCAAAGUACCUAAUGUGAAUAUGUGUCUACCUACCUCUAACAAGUCAGUAUAGUGAAGAAAAAUUAGUCAGAUUGGUCACAGAGAUAGCGUAUUUUCUACAAAACUAUUGAUUGGCCAAAAUUCGCACAUUGCAACCCUACAGAAAUUGAUAUUGGCUGCCUCAGUAUCAAAUUUUUCUAGGAUAAGGUUCCAAGGUGGUAUGGGCAUUUAUUUUAGAGGGCAGUUGGAUGUUAGCGUCUCAGUAACAGGUAAAUUUGGUGACAUUGGGAAUUAACCAUAUGAAUAUCUUUAAGCUUUUGAAGCCCUUUAGCUUGCUGUAUAUAAGUGUUGCAUCUGUUUGUGAUCUGUGAGUGGUUCUCAGUGUAUUUGUAAAUAUUUGCUAUGUUUUCUAUGUAGUUGAAUUAAAAUAAUUUUUGUACUU